AAAAAUAUUAAGAAGGUCCAUCAGUCUUAUACCCUUAAAGAGAAAGCUAAUGUUAUUUGGUAUGCUCUUUGUGAAGGCAAUCUUAGGGCCACUACCAAGUUUGAUUUAGAUAAGACUCAAGCUAAGACUAAGGCUUCUCCUUCUUCUGGUGUAAUUGUUUUUUUUUAUGAAAAAAGUUGGAUGGAUGAACCUAUUUGUGAGUGGGUGCUUGCCGCAUGGGCAGAAAUUGAUCCUAAGAUUAUUCAUCAUGCCUUUCACAAGUGCUCUAUUUCUAAUACUAUAGAUGGAUCAGAGGAUAAUGAGAUAUAUCAUGACAAAAUUCUUGAUAAUAAAACUAAUGAAGCUAAUGAAAAUAAUCCUGAUAUGGAUUCUGGUGAUUCUGGUAAAAAUGAGAAGGAUUUUGAGGAUAAAGAAAAUAAUGAUGCAAUGAUUGAAAAAAAUGAGGAUGUUCUUCUUUUUACAAUAGAUUAA